AUGUCACAAACAAUUCCCAUUGUAGAGAAUUUAGAAGAUGAAAACUGGAAUCCACUGAACUCAAACUCUUCUUUUACUACUGAAGAUAUAAGCCACUCGACCAUCCUAAAUAUUCUACUUAAAAAUCCUGAAGAACUAGAUUUCAAACAAAAGCCAUCAGCUAUACGAAGCAACAAAUUAUUCACCCUAGACAUGAGAGAAGUCCCAAUUUCCUCUGCAAAAGCUGAUGAUAAUGGAGCUUACCUUUCCAAAGGAAGUGUAAGACAGUUCUAUACCUUCAACGAUGCUGGGUCAAGUACUGCUCAUAAAUCUGAAAAUGGUGCUUGGUUUACAAAAGUGAAAGAAUCUAAAGUGUACAAAAGACAUUUUGUCAGUGAAAAUGAAGUCUAUGAGCUCACACGACAAUAUUGCACAAAUAAGAAUAACCCAGACUUCUCUCGUACAAUAGCAACUGUAAGAUCAUGCAAAGAGAAAGACCCCAAAUCACACUACCUUGUUAUCUAUCGUUGUUCAAAGGAAAACCAAGGUCCAGCUGACUUCAUUACUUCAAGGCAUGGUAAUGCCAAACACCCCACAACCAGUACUUACUACAGACGAGACCCAAAGCUCAUGUCCAAAGUUGAUGAAUUGUUGGAGACAGGCACAUCUACAGACCAUGUAUACAAUCAACUGGCAAAAACAACACAGACAACUGUUAGUGAGACAAUAAACACUCCAAAACUGAUUGAUAACAGAAAGUAUGCCAAAAAAGUUGCAGGGAAAAGUCAAGUUGAUGAAAAGCACAGUGAGGCUGAGAUGCUAGUGUCUAGUAUGCAUGACCUUGACAUCAUCCAAAGCGUCACCUUCAAUAAAGACCAGUAUGCAAGCAUCAACUUCCUUCCUAAUAUGAUGGAUGACCUACACAAAUUCUGUGUCAUUGGUAACUCUGUUCUAAAUGUUGAUACAACAUUUGAACUUGUUGAUGGUCUGUGGCUUACAGACACUACUUACACAAAUAAAGCCUUGAUUAACCAGAAAGGCAAACAUCCAGAAUUUCCAGGGCCCAGUUACUGGCAUUUCAAGAAGACGCAAGCCAGCUAUCGUAGAUUUGCUGGAGAGCUUGUCAUUGCUCGUCCAUCCCUCAGUGAUAUCAAAAAGGUUGGCACUGAUCUUGACACAGCCUUAGCCAAUGGGAUGAAAGACAUCUUUAAAGGUGCAAAGAGCCUGUUUUGUACCCAACAUAUGCAGGAGCGUGACGCUCACCAGCUGCAAACCAUGGGAUGCAAUUACAACAACAAAAACAGGAUAUUGGCAGACAUCUAUGGCUGCCAAAAUGAUGUUCUCCUUCAAGAUGGUCUAGCAGACGCAGAUGAUGCAGAUGACUUUGAUGUUAAACUUGAGAGCUUGAAAAGUGUUUGGGAGCAAAAAGUACCUGGUUUCCAUGGCUGGUUCAAGAAAAACAGAUCACUUGUAUUUAAAAGCAACUUGGUGUUGUCUGCCAGAAAAGAGCUUGGCAUUGAAGGAAGAUUCUAUACCAAUGGAUUAGAGCUUAAACACAAACUACAAAAGAAACAUCUUAAAGAGCAAGAUAUUCCAAAAGAAGUGAAAGCAGUGUCAACAGAACUGGAGAAGUGGACAAGAGAAUUCUUUGUCGAGGAGUUGAGAGCUCUACGAGGACUAGGCAAGUACAGACUUGCUCCAGGGUACCAACAAUUUGAAGUUGACCCAGUGAGGUGGAAUCAGUGGAGCCAGGAAAGGAAGAUACAGCAUGGUAAAGCAUACAAACAGUUSAUACCUAAAUCUUAUGACACAUACAAGAAACCGUGUGCAGCUGGACACAAGGCAUCUCCGCCAGCAAAGCGAAGAAGGGAAAAUCUUGAAGAGCCUCAGCUAUUUGCAAGUCGCGUUGAUGAUGAUGAAUCAAGACCACCAAACAGUACUCAACAUGUCUCACCUCUGCGCAUUUCCAAAAAUGGCAGCUCCACCUGGAAGGUGCAAGGAAAACCUACUAGUAAUGCUUCUACAGAACAGCUCGAUAUUCUGGAUCCAGAUAGAAUAGCUGGACAUCAAUAUGACCUUGUGCAUCGUUCAGACACCAAGCUGUGCCCAAAGUCAGUCACAAGAUGUGAACAGUGUCGUGUUGCUUUCCACCAAACCGAUGCUGUGGUAGUUAAGUCAGUGGGGGUGAGGGAAAGAACAGACAAGCAUGGUAAGACAGUUAAGUAUACUGGAAAUCUGUACUUACACUUUCUUACAAAAUGCCUCAAAGAGUACGACCAGAAGUUUGCCUUCAGCGCAGUAACUGUACCCACCAGAACCCUUGGCUUUUUACCAACUGGAAGCAAGGAAAAACUUUUGGAGAAGGGCCUACAAGUGGAAAAAGACUUGUAAAUUUCAAUAGAUAAUCUUGGUUGGCAGUUUGAGCUGCUCAGAUCAGUUUGAGCAUGAGAUAACUAGUGUAUUUUAGCUUAGACUAGUUCAUUCAAAUUUAAAGGGAUUUUCAAACCACCUGACUUUCUCCCAAAGAACACACAAAAUGAACAGCGUCAAAUGAACUAAUCUACAGCGAAGAUAGACUAGUGAUCUAACAUAAAACUAUAAUAAAUCAAACUGAACACAGGUUAAACCGCCAUUUAUUAUUCUAAAGUGAGGUCAUUUCAGCAAAAACUGCCAGC